GGGCGUGUGGCCAAGCAGGAAGGUAGCCAAGCAGGCUUCAAAAGCUUUCGAGAGUGGAGACUGAAGGGACGGUGGUGGUGCUGCAGCCCAGCUUCUUUCUCUUCCCGUCGUCGCUUUUACAGAGACUCCGGCGACUCCGACCACUCGAGCACGAUCUCAGGGUCAAAGCAGGAGGCACACCUUGAUGGCGCCCCUGGAGUCAAGCUCCUCACAGCUCUUCUUCGACAGCACGUUCGAUGUCUACGACUGCGGUACCUUGGCGGGCACCAGAGUCGUGCCAGAUCCACCUCCAUUACCUCGAACUUCUUAUGGCAAGCAGAGAAGUUCCAGGAAUGCAAAAGAGGCUCGUUGUGUUCAUGAUGUCCCUAAGGAGGUCCGGGACUGCUGGAACAGGCUUUUCUUGGAAGGAUAUCAAGCCGAUGUCCGCGUAUCGACGGAUGAUGGAAGCGAGAUUUUAUCGCAUUCCUGCAUUCUUGGCAUCAGAUCUCCCGUUCUAAGAAGUAUGUUGGAAGAAGCUAGAGUGGAAGAUGGUUUCAGAAACAUCCUGAUUUCUGGUGUCCCAUCUGAAGCAGCCCGUGUCUUCAUCAGGUUUCUGUAUUCUUCACGCUUUGAGCAGGAUGAGAUGAAGAAAUAUGCCCUCCAUUUGCUCGUACUCUCUCAUGUUUUCUCGGUACCAUCGCUGAAGAUCGUCUGCACCGACCAGCUCGAGAGGUUUUUUCUUGCUCCUGAUAACGUGGUGGACGUUCUACAACUGGCUAGACUCUGUGACGCGCCAAGGCUCUCGCUCAUGUGUACUCGCAUGAUCACUGGAGAUUUCAAGACCAUCUCUCUGUCAGAAGGGUGGAAAGUCAUGAGACGGGCCAACCCGAGCCUGGAGCAAGAGCUUCUUGAGUUUCUUGUUGAAGUGGACACAAGAAGGCAAGAAAGAGCUAAAAGGAUGGAGGAAAAGAAGGUUUAUCUUCAGCUGUAUGAAGCUAUGGAAGCUCUUGUUCAUAUCUGCAGAGACGGUUGUAGGACGAUUGGCCCCUGGGAUCAGAAACUGAAGGGCAGUCAGGUUGUUUGCAAGUUUCCUGCCUGCAAGGGCAUCGAGUUGCUGGUGCGCCAUUUCUCGGCAUGCAAAAUGCGUGUUCCGCGUGGCUGCUCCAACUGCAAGCGUAUGUGGCAGCUUCUUGAGCUGCAUUCGCGAAUGUGUUCUACACCGGGCACCUGCAGGGUUCCUCUAUGCAGGCAUUUUAAGGAUAAAAUGCGGCAUCGGAGCAAGAAAGAAGAACUCAAAUGGGUCCUAUUGGUGUGUAAGGUCCUAGGGAGUAAAGGAACAAUUGAUUCCGUCCUAAAAGCGAGAAAAAUCUCACCCCUCAAGCCAAUUGGAGCUUGACGUGUAGUUCGACAGUAAUAACGUGAGCACUGACAGUAAGUACAGGUGUGUAUCA